AUGACAUUCAAGAUCACUACAAUAACUGAAGGAGGGCACCACUGUGGCAUGGUCUUGGAGAAAAGGCUUAUUGAUGUGAAUUGGGUGACCAAACACUUCAUUGAUCAGUUUAGGCAACACCCUGAAAUGGAAUUCAAACAGUUUGCUGAAAUGACCAAAGACACAAAGUAUUCUAAGGUCACUUCAUGGCAAUUCUACAGAGCCAGAAAUGCAGCAAAGGCAUUGCUUGAAGGGUCUGUGGCAGAACAGUAUGCCAAACUGGAUGAUUACUUCCAAAUGAUUUUGAAGACCAACCCAGGAAGGUUGGAUGGUUGCUUCCUCAAAGGUUACUGCAAAGGUGUGCUAUUGGCAGCAAUUGGUGUAGAUGGAGGGAAUUCCAUAUUUCCUGUAGCUUAUGCAGUUGUAGAGAAGGAAACUACUAGCAGUUGGGAAUGGUUUCUAACAUUAUUGAAGGAUGACUUGGCACCAAGGGAUACAAGGACACUCACCAUGAUGAGUGAUAGGCAAAAGGGUCUUCAAAAUGCUGUUGAGUCUAUUUUCAACAGCCCUGACACAAGAUUCUGUGUUAGGCACAUGUACUGCAACUUCAAGAAAGACUUCCCUGGCCUAUUACUGAAGCAACUUGCGUGGGCAGCUGCUAGAUCAACAAUUCCUGCUCAUUUUGACCAGAGGAUGAAAGAAAUCAAGGAUAUAAAUGAAGGAGCUUACAAUUGGUUAACAGCCAAACAAAAGUCAGAGUGGACAAAGGCAUACUUCAAGGAAGGUGUUAAAUGUGACAUGUUAUUGAACAACAUGUGUGAAAGCUUCAAUAUGGCCAUUAUGGAUGGAAGGGACAAGUCCAUUGUCACACUGUUGGAGACAAUCAGAGGUUGGUUAAUGACUACUUUUACAAAGAGAAGGGAAGGCAUACAGAAGUGGAAGCAUGGAGUGCACAACAACAUAGCAAAGCUUGUAGCAAAAAAUGCUGAAAUUGGUAGGAAGUGCUCUGUCACAAGAGCAAAUGCUGUUUUAUUUGAAGUUAAAAUAAGGUUCCAGCUCACUGGAAUUCCUUGUGGUCAUGCCUUGGCAGCCAUUUGGUUUUGUGGCCAUAAUGAAUGGGGUUACAUACAUAGGUACUACAAAGCUGAAGCUUAUGCAGCAGCAUAUGCAGGCACAAUUUCCCCCAUGCCUAGCCCUGACAAGUGGCCAAACAAGGGCCUUAACCCUAUAUUCCCUCCCUGUGAGCAUAACCUUCCUGGCAAGCCAAAAAAGAAAAGGAGAAGGGGUGCAGAUGAAAAAGAUCCACCUGCAGCUGUCACAGUUAGAAAAGCCAGCAGAGUUGGAACUGUCAUGCAUUGUUCUAAAUGCAGAAAAACUGGACACACAGCCCCAAGAUGCAAGGAACCUGUACCAGAUGUGCCAAACGAGGCUCCAAAGAAUAAAGGAGGUAGGCCACCAAUUCAAAAUCCAUCUGCUGCAACACUAAAGAGGAGGCAGAGAAGGGACAAACAACUUGCUAAAGAGGCUAGGAAGAGGGGUGAAGGUUCAAGUUCCCAGCGUCGGGGUUGA